GGUCUGCGAACUGUUGAGUCCGACCACCUUUCUUCAUACUGUCUUUUCAUUCUUUUCUGAUGGGGCUCCUCCGUCUACCCUACUCAUUUCUCCUGGGCAUUAGCGCAGUCCAGGCUGCAGUCACGGGAGACUAUACCGAGCGCUACCGUCCUCAGUACCACUUCACCCCGGAGAAGAAUUGGAUUAAUGAUCCAAAUGGUCUGCUCUUCUAUGAAAACGUCUACCACCUAUUCUACCAGUACAACCCGAAUGGCACGGAGUGGGGUGCCCUGUCCUGGGGCCAUGCGACUAGCAAGGACCUGAGCCACUGGGAGCAUCAACCCGUCGCGCUGUUGGCGCGAGGCUAUCCCGGCGAGAUCACGGAGAUGUACUUCUCCGGCUCUGUAGUGGCUGAUGUGAACAAUACCAGUGGCUUUGCGACGGAGGACGGUCAAGUGCCUCUGGUGGCCAUGUAUACCUCUUUCUACCCGCAGGCACAGCUUCUACCUAGUGGUCAAAGAGUCCGAGACAAACAACAGUCCCAGUCCAUCGCCUACAGUCUCGACAACGGCACGACGUGGACGCAGUGGGAUGCAGGGAACCCAGUCAUCUUGGAUCCGCCGUCCCCGGAUGAGGCGGAGUACCAGGAAUUUCGUGAUCCGUUCGUGUUCUGGCAUAACGCCACGCAGGCAUGGGUGAGCCUGGUAGCGAUCUCCAAGCAACACAAAAUCGCGAUAUACACGUCUGCAGAUCUGAAACAGUGGACAUAUGCGAGUGCUUUCGGGCCGUUCAAUGCGGUGGGCGGGGUGUGGGAAUGCCCCAACCUAUUCCCGCUGCCCCUGGACGGUGACGAUUCUAACGUAAAAUGGGUCGCGCAGAUAUCACUCAACCCCGGAGGUCCUCCGGGCACGGUGGGUUCAGGCACCCAGUAUGUGGUGGGCAACUUCGAUGGCAUCCGGUUCACGCCGGAUGACGAGGGCAUCUACUCCGAAGACGCGACCCCGCCGUCGACUGAUAGUGUUGUAUUUGAGAACUUCGAGAACGAUGGGGAUUUUGAGAGCUCGGGCUGGACAGCGUCAGGGGAGCUGGUAGGCGCGUCACCCGUUGAGGGAGCACUUGGUGGUCAGCAGAAUGUGACUGGGUUUCUCGGACAUCGGCUGCUCAACACUUUUCUUAAUGGGGACCAGACAACUGGGAUGCUCACUUCCCCGCCCUUUACCAUCUCGCACCGCUAUAUUAAUUUCCUAAUCGGUGGCGGAUUCAGCAGGAACGGAACCUCCAUCAACCUCAAGUGCGAUAUUAACGGGACAAGUCAGAUCGUACGGACAGCCACCGGUCACAACAGUGAACAUCUAGAGUGGACGGGGUGGGACGUCACCGCACUACAAGGCCAGACGGCUACGAUUGAAGUAGUGGAUACGGCUACAGGGGACUGGGGACAUAUCACCGUCGACGAGAUCUCCUUCUCCAACACCACCUUAGCACGUAGCCGGACGGCUAAUUGGGUGGACUUCGGCCCCGACUUCUACGCGGCAACCAGCUUCAAUGGCCUUCCGCGAGACGAGCGUAUCAAUGUCGCGUGGAUGAGUAACUGGCAGUACGCGGCGGUUACCCCCGAACAGGGCUGGAGGGGGGCCUAUGCGCUCCCGCGAAAAUUAUCCCUGAAGACGGUCAACCACAAGCCCACCCUCGUGCAGAAACCACUGGGGGCUGCCCUGUUCCCCGGACCUAAUGGUGGCAUCAACACCAACUACACCACCCUGAUGUGGGACAUAAUCCCCAAGGGGACAAUCGAGCAACUGCAUGUAUCAGGCCAGGCGGUGGAGAUUCAGCUCCGAUUUUCUGCUGCUGUUACUGCUGUUGCCCAGGAGGGCCGGUUCGGUAUCAUCGCGCUGGCCAACCGCGACCUGACCGAACAGACCCAAAUCGGAUAUGACUUUGGCACCAAGGAAGUGUUUGUCAACCGCAUCCGGUCGGGCAACGUGACCUUCGAUGCGACCUUUCCCGAAGUGUAUAAUGCCCCGUUGCUCGAGGCCGAUCACGAUGGCAUGGUAUCCCUACGUAUUUUCCUGGACUGGUCCUCCGUCGAAGUGUUUGCAGGCCAUGGAGAGACCAGUCUCACAGCCCGCGUGUUUCCGACUGAGGAGGCGACGGGGUUGUAUGUCUUCUCCGAGGAGGUGGACACCGAGGACGUCAGCAUCCGCGUUCAAACUGUUACCUCUGUUUGGAAAUAAAUAUGCCAAACAACUCUAAAGACAAGGGGCAGCCUCCCAGGUCAGAAACUUUGCAUACAAACCUAAUGUCAUGGGCUCCGUGAAUCUCGGCAAAGUGCUGCCUUUCAUCAUGUAACGCUCUGGUUUUGAUCAAACAAGGUCUAGGAGGAGCAGGAG